AUGGGUCGACUAAAGGGGAGACAGAAGGAAGAAAGGGAGGAACAUAUCAGAUUAGCAAUUGAGCGAUACCAAACUUCUAAGGACCCGUCUAUUAGGGAAUGCGCCGAGACUUUUAAUAUUCCCUACUCCACUUUAAGGGACCGCCUGCAGGGAAAAAGUUCAAGGAGAGAUAGUCACCGCAGACAGCAGCUACUCAGCGAGCAUGAGGAAAAAUCGGUUGUGGCAUGGUGCAUCCGUAUGGAUGAUUGGGGAUUUCCGCUCAAAUUAUCUCUAGUCAAAGAGAUGGCCGCCUAUCUUAUUAAAAAGCGGAAUAGUGGACACAAGCUAGGUGACUAUUUCCAGCUGUUACAAGAAGUGAUACGGAAAUACAAUAUCCUACCUAAAAAUACUUAUAACAUGGACGAGAAGGGGUUUAUGAUGGGCAUAGCGGCCAAGUGCAAGAUCAUCUGUCGGCGAGCUAGGAAAAAUCCGCGUCUUACGCAUAAUGGGAGUCGCGAGUGGGUGACAGUAAUUGAGGCCGUCUCUGGAGCUGGAGAAGCAUUACCACCUAUGGUAAUAAAUCAAGGAAUGGCUCAUUAUAAAGGUUGGUAUGCAGGCGUUAAGGGGGACGAUAUCGCUACUUUUAGUUACUCUCCCAAAGGCUGGACCGAUUCCUUUUUAGGAAUGGAGUGGUUAAUACAGAAUUUUGAUAAAUUCACUGCCGACAAGGCUGAGGGAGAGUGGAGAUUACUGAUCAUGGAUGGUCAUGCUUCUCACGUUACUUGGGAAUUUUUUGACUACUGUCUGAAUCACAAAAUCGUGCCUUCAUCAGCAAACUCUGCUAUUCCUCAGGGCGCAGCGCCUACGCCCUGGGCGCCAGGCACGCCAGGCGCCGCCAGGGCAGAGUGCUCGUACCAGGCGUCGCCAGGGCAGGGUCCUCACGCCAGGCGUCGCCACAGCAGGGUGCUCGCGCCAGGCGUCGCCACAGCAGGGCGCUCGCGCCAGGUGAUCCUAGCAUCCGCGCCCGACGCCCCCAGAGCAAGUACUCUGAGCGAUAUCACCUACAUCCAUAGAGCACCCAGCAAUGCUCUCUCCGCAAUCUUCUCUAGGCGCGUCGUGCACUUUCACGCGUCAUGCACCUCCAGGCGAUAUGGGACUGGCAACGAAUCACGGACGUGUCGGGGCCCGCCAGGAGACAGCGUCAGCGCCCUGACAGCACUCGUCAGUAAUAUCUGCGCCAGGAGAUCAAAUCACAACGAGCUGCUCGCCAGGCGCUGCCAGAGCAUAUCGCUCACGCCUAGAGAGCACUCGUCAGUACUAUCUGCGCCAGGAGAGCAUUCUCAACGAGCUGCUCGCCAGGCACCGCCAGAGCAUAUCGCCCACGCCAAGACACUCUUCGUCAAUGAGUUUUUCCAGGCACUGCCAAGAGAUAUUGCUCACGUCCGGAGAGCACCACGAAUGCUUCCAUAG